CAGUGGGUUACCUGUGUGUGCAAACUGUACCUUUGACAUGUAAUCUGACCCGUGUUUGCAUACAGGACAGAGCAAACCAAGGAUGUCUACCUCGCGUAGCAACCAGUCGAUCUUCAAAAGUAAUGACCCAAAAACCAUAGCAUGAAACGGAGAAAACAGACGACAAAUUAAAAAUAAUAUGCCCCAGCUAGAGGAUGAAGAAGUAUUCGCAGCUUGGAGAGUAUGGACUAUGCCUUAGUGUGUUUUACUACUUGUCCCGAUAAUGCCGCUCCCACUGGAGAAAUCGGUAGUCCUCUACAAAACAGAUCUGUUCUGCUUCCUCGUCAGCGCUAUAUUCUCCAUAGCCGAUAUAGGGUCCGACAUCGCUACAUGUGCAGUAUAUUUUAGCAAUGCGCGGUAUGUUUGGUUCGGUUUCUGUGUUGGGUUCACCAUUGCCCCUUCAAUCUGCAUGACUGUCUCGUACCUUAUAAAACACAUGGGAACUCUUGGAUUGCGAUCUACAUUUACAAGCAUCGUGUGCCUGAUAUGUUUCGGCUCAAGUGUUUUGAAGCUCAAAUUAUUUUGGUUGUGUAUUCGGAAUUUCUCAGAGGUAUGGAGUCGACAGGGAUACAUGGUAAUGAUGGAAUCCGAGAAGCGGGACAUCCGAAGUGGGAAUGUGUACAAUUUCGUGGAAGCGUUGAUCGAGAACGUCCCACAGAUGGUACUCCAGGGUUACAUACUGAUGGUACAAGACGAGAGAGUACAUUACGUACAAUACGCCUCGCUCACUAUAUCACUCAUUGGGCUCGUCGCUACAAUAGCAAAGUUUGAGAAUAGCUCUCUCCCCGGUGACCCUUUGAGGGCAUAUUUCAUCAUCAUCAUGUCGUAUACUUCGUUUCUUCUGACAGCUCGCAUGCUAACUAUUGUAACAUUCCUAGUUGCCUAUGAAUGGAUUCUCGCUCUAAUACUAGGUGCACACUUUAUUCUUUGCACUGUCUUAUACUGUAUCAGGAAUAAAGAGCGCGCCCGCGAUCGGGAUCUAUGGUGGGUAGCGGUUUUGCUAUUGCCAUGUUAUCUGUUUGUAUUUAUCGGGUUCAAACUUAAAGCACUUAGACUUCGUUCGUUUGAGGUGAAGUUAAAGCGCUCUCUUCUCUCUGCCAGCCUGUACUACGCACUUUUCUCAAUAGAAAACAUCCUAAUGGUAUCAUUUUACUACUCAAACCCUACAGUGCGUGACUGGUACUCAUCUGGCGUGACGGCUUGCGUGAUUAUGCUGACUCUGAUUGGUGUAUUUGUUAACCUGGUAUUCACUAGUAUUUACUUCAAGGAAUACAGCCGUACGAGACACUUAUUACGUCAACAAGGAGCACGACGCUCGUCCAGAUAUGACCGCAAUGCGCAUGCGCGAUUCUCUCGUCGACUCAAGGUGUCGCCAGAACCGGAUAAACCGGAACAUCUGGACAACAAGCGUCACUCUCUUGCUGCUUGGCCAGUGCGAGAAAGUGGGGGCCUGGGAAACCCGAGUGACAGACGACACUCGCUCCCACCCCCCUCCCCUAAGCCUUGCUCCUCCACAGAUACAUAACGACAUUCGUAAGCAUGUUUAUUGGUUUUGAUGUGCUGCAAAUGAAAAACAUCGUGUCUGUAUUGCUAACCGCGAAGUGAGGUAGUAGUUAAAGUGGCUUCGUAGGUGACCAAGGAAACGAUUAUUAUAUAAUACUCACAAGUACAAAACUAUUGUAUUGCUCUCUUAUGGGAAGCCUAGAUUUAGAUUUAGAGACUUAAUUAUGAAAAAUUAUAUAAAAUAAAAUAAUUCAUCACGAA